GCGGACCACAAGGGACGAGAUAGAGAAAAGUUCGAGAUAGAGAGUAGUCGAGAUAAGUCAUAUGGCGAGUAACAUUAUGUGAUGUAUUUUAUGAAGUAUCAGCAACAAAAUAAUCCUGGCGAAAAAACAUGGCGGGAAACGAAAGCAUGAAAAAUAUAAUCAGUAGCUCUUCUUUGUUGAUGGUUGGUGCUGGUGGAAUAGGUUGCGAGUUGUUAAAGAAUCUUGUCUUAACUGGAUUUCAUAACAUACACACCAUUGAUUUAGACACGAUAGAUGUUAGUAAUUUAAACAGACAAUUCUUGUUUCAAAGACGACAUGUGGGCAAAGCAAAAGCAAUCGUUGCACGGGAGAGCGCACUUCGAAUGAAGCCGUCAGCAAACAUUACAGCUCUCCAUGACACAAUAAUGAAUCCUGCGUACAACACCGACUUCUUUUCUCAAUUUGACCUUGUGUUAAACGCAUUAGAUAACAAAGCUGCACGUAGUCAUGUCAACAGAAUGUGUUUAUCGGCGGAUGUACCUCUUGUAGAGAGCGGUACUGCUGGUUACUUAGGCCAAGUAACUGUAAUCAAGAAGAAUGUUACUGAAUGUUACGAAUGCCAACCCAAACCUGCUCAAAAAACGUUUCCUGGCUGUACUAUAAGAAAUACGCCUUCUGAACCUGUCCAUUGCAUUGUAUGGGCUAAACAUUUAUUUAACCAGUUAUUUGGGGAAUUUGAUGCAGAUAACGAAGUCUCUCCUGACACUGAGGAUCCUGAGUUGUCUGCCACUGCUGGUGCCACAGCAGCACAAAAUGAAAACAAUUCUGGCAAUAUUGAUAGAGUUUCUACACGUGAAUGGGCAAAAGAAAACGAUUACGAUGUAGAAAAGCUGUUUACGAAGUUUUUUGAUAACGAUGUAAAAUACUUGUUAUCCAUGGAGAAAUUGUGGCAAAAACGAAAAGCGCCCAAUCCUCUAUCCUGGCAAGCCACAACCUCUGAUAUUGAGGAUGAAAUAAACGAAAUAGUUACCUUGCCUGAUAAACGCAUAUGGAGUAUUAAAGAAUGCAGUACCGUAUUUCAGAAAUCAAUUAUUAAACUAAAGGAACGCCUUAAAACGUCUAAGGAAACGUUAGUUUGGGAUAAGGAUGAUGAAGUGGCAAUGGAUUUUGUGGCAGCAACUGCUAAUAUUCGUUCUCAUAUCUUUCACAUCCCUGUUAAAAGUAGAUUCGAUAUCAAGUCUAUCUCUGGUAACAUCAUUCCUGCUAUCGCGACUACUAACGCCAUCAUAGCUGGUCUCAUGGUGAUGGAAGCAUUAAAGAUAUUAUCUGGUCGAAUAAGCGAGUGUCGGACUGUGUAUUUGAAUAAGCAAGUCAAAGCGAAGAAUCGAUUGUUAGUUCCAUGUAACCUAGAGGAGCCUAAUCCGAAGUGUUAUGUGUGUACAAAGAAACCCGAGGUUACAGUCUAUCUAAACACCAAAACAUUCACUGUAAAGCAGCUAGAGGAUAAAAUAUUUAAAGAAAAGUUUGGUAUGGUGGCUCCUGAUGUCGAAAUCGAUGACGGAAAAGGUACCAUUUUAAUUUCAAGCGAAGAAGGAGAAACAGAGGAUAACUGGUACAAAUUUUUAAGCGAUUUCAACAUAGUACACGGGACACGCCUAAAAGGGGACGAUUUUCUGCAGAACUAUGAAUUGGUUGUAACUAUACGACACAAGAUAGACAUUGAAGCUCCCGAGGUAUUUUUGUUAGAAGGUGAGCUGCCUGCUGUUCCUGAGGAAAAAGACACACCAGUGCUAGAAACGAAUGAUGAUAAUAUAUCGAAAAAGCGAAAAUUAAGUAGUGACGAAAACGGAGAGCAAGUUACGAAAAAAAGCAAAAUGGAGGAGAACGUUGAUAGUGAUGAUGAGCUUAUUGUCUUAAAUUGAUCAACUUUUUUAAAGUCGAAACUUUUUCUUGUUUUUAACCAGGAAGAAAAACUGUGCUGUCUAUUAUCUCAAAAUAUUUACAAGCAAGUUAUUUUCCGAACUUAAUACCUUUAUUUGUUAUGAAAUGACCUUUUUCAAUCUUUCACAAUUUGAUAUUUUCAAAAAUAGCUGGACUUCCUAAAAACAAAGAUUCACUUGAAAAAAAUAACUUCGGCAAUAUUUUUUGAAUUUGGGUUCUAUUCACAAUGGGUAGUUUCAAACUUUGUUUUUCAUAUUUUAAUUCGAUCUCGUUGGUUAAAAAAGGACUCCCUACAGGGUUUAGAUUUUUAAAAUAACAUUUUUUUAUCUCUUCUUCGUUGAAUUCUUGUACAAUCGUAAUACUACUGAUGCUUAAUAGGAUUGUAAGUUGUUAAAUUAAAAAAAAAAAAAAGAAA